UUCGAUGUCAGCUGAGGGCGAUAGAGGGAGGUGUGUUAAGUCCAGAGAAUUCCCUCACUCCACAAUAACUUGCACAUUGGAAACGUCAGCUAACAAGGCGGUCGUCAUCCAUUCUAAUGUUCUCAUGGAAAGGUAAAGAAGUUGGAUCUUUCCUUCUGAAAUGCAACAUCCUCCGGUUCCCUGAGAAAAACACGCUGAUGGACCGUGUUUUCUCUGUCAUCUUUACAAAGAAAAAUUACUUAACUUAAGACAAUGAAAAGAGAGGAAGGAUUUACUCUAGGUAGAUUGGUGUAAUUCGCUUCUUCGUCAAUGCUGUAAGUAUAACAUGGAAUGUAAAUAAUUCGCGGGUUUCUGCCAUCUCUGGACGGUUGUACAAACUCUCAAAAAAGAAUGAAGUAGCCGCUAUGGAUCUGGACAAUGCCCCGUACUCCAAACUCAGACCAGCUGGAGUCGGGGGGAGAGCCCUAGUUCUCUGGGUUCUGCUGUCCUGCUCCUGUUUCGUGGGGCUCGCUCACGCGCCUGCUGAAGAUGUGGAUGUUCUGGAGCAGUUGGGACUCACUGGGAGAAGAAGUCCUCCAUCGUCCGGGUCCCGCUCCGCCCCCCACGGAGUCAUCCCCUUCAAGUCUGGGGUCAUCCUCACCCAGCGGGCUCGGCUCCAGACCGCUGUGGGCUCCGUCUUCCCCUCCGGCAGCACCGACCUCUCCCUGAUCCUCAGCCUGCGGUCCCACCGCGUCGCCAGCGUCUUCCUCUUCACCAUCCUGUCCAGGAGGAGGAAGCUGCAGCUGGGCCUGCAGCUGGUCCCCGGCCAGGUGCUGGUGCACCUGGGGCAGGAGAACUCUGUGAGCUUCGACUACGACGUCCACGACGGCCGCUGGCACCACCUGGCCGUGGACAUCCGCGGCCGGCGGGUUUCGCUCUACGCCUCCUGCGGGAGGACGAGAGUCCACGCGGAUUUGCCUUCAAAGGAGGAGGAGACCCUGGACCCCGAGGGCUCCUUCCUCCUGGGGAAGAUGAACCAGAACUAUGCGCCGUUUGAAGGCGCCAUUUGUCAGUUUGAUAUUUAUCCGUCUGCCUUGGCGGCUCAUAACUAUUGUCGGUACCUUAAGAAACAGUGCAGGGAGGCGGAGACGUACCGGGCGAAUCUACCCCCGCUCCUUCCCCUUCUUUUCCAUGACCCUAACUUUACUGUCACCCCUGUAGCCCCUCGGCCAUUGACAGAUGCAUCCAGGAAGGCCCUUAGCCCUGGUUUCACCCUGACUGGGGAAAAGACCAGAACAAAUCUUUUUCCGACUCAGAGUUCGUCAUUACUCAACCUGUCCUCGUGGAGUAACGGUGGGAUGACCCCAAAACGUGGUUCCACGUCCCUCUCUCUUCCUGCGACGCCGGCUCCUUCAACAGGUAGCCCCUGGCUAGAGCACCCCCUCCAGGCUGAGGCCCAAACUGUUCCUGCCCCCCUCGGGACCGGUGGAGCACAAACAUCCCGACACGGCGGCCCUAAAACCGGCGACACAGGCUUCAGUUUACAAAGGCAGCCACCUCAGGGGAAAAGUAUGGCCUCGCCAGUUUCCACCAGGCCACCUGAGGCGCAGACGAAACCGUCCUCCACCGCAGCGCCCGGAGAGAUGGCGUCUUCGCACGCGUUCACCCACAAGAGGCAGACGGCAGUGCUUCCAAAGAAACCAAAGCCAAAAGUGCUGGGUGUGCAGCACAUCAACCCCACCUGGCCUUCCCUCGUCACUCCGGCUGCCACAGAUGGCUUCCAAACGUUUGGGUUGGAACCGACCCAGUUUUCCCUGCUGGCAGGACCCACGGGCCUGAAAGGGGAACCAGGACCAGUGGGACAGAUGGGACCUCCGGGGAAGCCCGGCCAGCCAGGAAGGAGAGGUCCUCGGGGUCCUCCUGGUCCCCAUGGCAACCCUGGUCGUCCCGGCCCGUCUGGACACAAGGGACACAAAGGAGACCCUGGCCUCUCACCCGGUGGAGCCCCCAGUGGAGGGAAAGGAGAACUUGGCCUGCUGGGAUCUCCGGGACUGUCCGGCCAAGUCGGUCGCAAGGGACUGAAAGGCCACCCUGGUCCGCCUGGCUACCCUGGAGAUCCAGGCGAUCGUGGAGCUGAUGGAAGCCCAGGGGCUAAAGGUUAUCCUGGCAGGCAGGGUUUACCCGGGCCUGUGGGUAACAUGGGGCCUAAAGGAUCCAGGGGCCACAUAGGAACCCCUGGUCUAUAUGGCCUACUUGGACCAGAUGGGGAGCGGGGACUUCCAGGCCUUCACGGAGAGAAGGGCAAGAUGGGUAGGCCGGGGUUUCCUGGAGACUUUGGUGAACGUGGACCACCGGGGCCCGAUGGGAACCCAGGAGAGCUGGGUGCGCCUGGUCCAAGUGGAGUACCUGGCCUCAUAGGAGACAUGGGGUCUAUGGGCAUCAUGGGCAUACCUGGGCCAGGUGGACUAAAGGGGGUGUCCGGUAACCCUGGAGAGGCAGGACUGAAAGGUGAUCAGGGUGAAGUCGGUGUGCCGGGCAAGCCAGGAGAGACGGGGUUCCAGGGUGACAAGGGUAUACAGGGUUCCCCAGGGUUGCCAGGCAGCAUGGGGAAACCGGGUCCGCGGGGGUCGUCCGGUGACCAGGGGCCUGAAGGACGACCGGGGCCCCCGGGCCCUGAGGGCUUCCCAGGUGACAUCGGCCCACCUGGUCACAACGGGCCAGAGGGGUUAAAGGGGAAGCCUGGAGCCAGAGGUUUAACAGGUCCAAGAGGAACACCAGGUCUAGAGGGGGACGGAGGAGCUCUAGGACCACCCGGAACCAUGGGACCAGAGGGCAGACCUGGGAGGCAAGGCUUCGCCGGGAGCACGGGCGAGGAAGGACUGAAGGGGGAGAGUGGGAUGACAGGAGAGGUCGGAAAGCUUGGAGAUAGGGGUCCUGUGGGGUACAUCGGGCCAGUGGGAGACUCAGGCCUGGCAGGAGAGAAGGGCGACCGCGGGGAGGUGGGCCUGCCGGGGCCUCCGGGGGAGAAGGGAGCCAUGGGCCACCCUGGAACCCCUGGAGGAAAUGGACCAACGGGACCACAAGGCCUCCCAGGGCUGGCCGGCUCGCGUGGAGUCGGUGGCGGCAUCGGAUCGAAAGGCAAGAGGGGGCCGACGGGCCCUGUCGGUUCUGCUGGGGAGGAUGGGUCCAGUGGGCGGCAGGGUUCUUACGGAGCGCCGGGGAAGUUGGGUUUUCAAGGGGAGAUGGGAAAGAUUGGGGAGACUGGGGAAGCUGGUCCCAAGGGAUUUCCAGGGACCCAGGGACCUUCAGGAUCUCCAGGGGCCAAAGGAGUUGGAGGAGAGCCAGGAGCGAUAGGGCCGUCAGGAACCAUGGGUCCGCUGGGGGAGAUGGGACUGAAGGGUCCGCCAGGAAAGGCGGGGGAGCUGGGAUUACCCGGAGAACCUGGGGAAAAGGGGGACCUCGGGCCGGCAGGGACCACCGGGGAGCAGGGCCUGAUUGGUCAGAGGGGGGAGCCAGGGCUGACCGGGGAGGCGGGACACGGCGGACCUGAGGGAACCAAGGGGGACAAAGGGGAGGCUGGCCCAGAGGGCGCCCAGGGAGAGAGGGGCCACCUCGGACCGAAAGGGAAGGAAGGACCCGUCGGACCUCCAGGCCUUGUGGGCGUCAGGGGCGUGGAGGGGAAGUCUGGAGAAGUGGGAGACAGGGGGAAACCAGGAGAGAAGGGUAGCAAAGGUCAUCAGGGUCACUUGGGAGAGACUGGGCCAAUCGGUGAACAAGGAGAGGCGGGAUUUGUCGGAUCAAAGGGAUCGAGAGGAACAAUUGGGCCAAUGGGAGUCCCUGGGAGGAUGGGCCUGCAAGGGGAAGCAGGCAUAACAGGAUAUGAGGGUCACCAGGGACCCCAGGGCCCACUGGGGCUUCAUGGAACUACAGGUGAAAAGGGUGACUGCGGAGAAGACAGUAAGGUCGAAGGUGCUCCUGGUCCUCAAGGUGACAGAGGUCCAGUAGGACAAAGGGGGAACCUGGGAGAGGCAGGAGAUCCAGGCUACCAGGGUCUCCCAGGUGCGGAAGGUUCGCGAGGCAAAGCAGGUGCAACUGGCGCCCCUGGAAACGCCGGCCCCAGGGGACUCCAAGGGCUCAAAGGUUCUAAAGGUGACCAAGGUAGGAGAGGCAGACGGGGGCCACAGGGGAAACCGGGAACCGGAGGACCCACAGGUCAGCAAGGUCCAACAGGUCAGAGGGGAGUGGUGGGCAGGGAGGGGCUCGAGGGGCAGACGGGGGCCGACGGACCAGCCGGGAGAAAUGGUGCCAACGGCCUGAAGGGGGAUCAGGGGGAGGACGGAGAGUGGGGCGCCGCUGGUAAAGCCGGGCCGACUGGGACGAGAGGCUCGUCUGGACGACCAGGGAGUCAGGGCUCGUUCGGACCCAAGGGAGAGAGGGGUCUCCCGGGCCACACUGGAGCUCCAGGAAGGAGAGGGUUCAUUGGCGGGAUGGGGUUGCCAGGUUUUCAGGGGUAUAAGGGGGUGAAAGGGCAGCUGGGUGACACAGGUGAACAGGGUCUCCAAGGGAUUCUGGGAAUGUUGGGACCCAAGGGGCCUCCAGGAGAUUCGGGGCCAGCUGGGAUACAAGGACCCAAAGGGCCUCGUGGCUUGACAGGCAAGAGAGGGGCGAUGGGGCCCCUGGGGAUUAUCGGCCCCAGUGGUAAUCCAGGGCCCCCGGGCGACAAGGGGAGCGGAGGGGACACGGGUUUACGAGGACCAACGGGACCUCCCGGUCCUCGCGGAGCCCCCGGAGCGCCCGGACUUCAGCCUUCUCCUCUGUCGUUCAGUUACCAGGACGUGGACGUCCCCAUGCUGAACCAGGGGAAUGAGAUAUUCAGGACCCUCCACUACCUCAGCGACCUGGUCCAGAGGCUGAGGAACCCGCUAGGAACUCAGGACAACCCUGCCCGUGUCUGCCGGGACCUGCAGGACUGUGAACACAAGAUGACUGAUGGCACAUACUGGAUUGACCCAAACCUGGGCAGCUCUGCAGACAACAUCGAGGUCACCUGCAACUUCAGCGGAGGAGGCCACACCUGUCUGAACCCCGUCACAGUGUCUAAGCUGGAGAUGGGAGUGGGCCGCAUCCAGAUGAACUUCCUCCACCUCCUGACGUCCGAGGCGUGGCAGCGGGUCACCGUCCGCUGCCUGGACACCCCCGUGUGGGCCACGGGCCCCUCCCUGCAGCCCUCCUCACGAGCCCUGGGCUUCCGCGCCUGGAACGGGGAGGUGAUCCAGGCAGGAGACCUCCUGGAGCCCCAAGUCACCAGGGACGACUGCUGGAUCAAAGAUGGCCACUGGCAUCGAACCGAUUUCAUGUUCCAGACCCAGGACCCGAACUUACUGCCCAUCGUGGACGUGUUCAACCUGCCCGCCUCAAAGCCAGGCUCCCACUACCACCUGGAGGUUGGGCCUGUGUGCUUUCUAUAGAGGUUCCCGGAGGCCUGAUAGAACUACA